ACCUCGCUUCUCUCUCACACCACCAUGUCUGGCCUGGCUCGCGACGCUGCAGCGUUUAAAAGCGCACUUCACAAGCAAGAUUACACUUCCUGGCACUCUCAGCCACCGCCACCUCAGCUUGCGCAAACGACCGCGACGUCCGCAGGAGACGGCGAGCCCCCAAAGAAGAAGAAACGGCCAAAGUCCAAUGUGGUCUUCUCCCAGCCCGCCGAUACCGGCACCGGCACCAAUGUCAACACUCAGCUCGUCUAUCUUGUGAAUCACCUGAAGUCCAAUGGCAACCCCAUGCGACUUCAGGAUCUGGCUAUCAUCACCAACACGGCUGUUGACACGGACAAGGUUUUGUUGGAGAAGUUCAAGGGGCAUGACCGCGUCAUACAUGACCCCAAAACCGACUUGUACUCAUACCGGCACGACUUCAACGUGCGCAAUAAGGCCGCCCUUUUGACCGAAAUCCAGCGUCAAACACGCAAAGGUGGCGGACUGUCCGUGCGAACGCUCAAGGAGAGCUGGAAGGAGGCGCCACAGGCGAUCGAAGAUUUAGAGAAGGAUGGCGAGGUGUAUGUCACGAGAACGCUCAAAGACGGACAGAUGCGGAUGGUAUUCUGGAACGAGGUGAAGCCGACCCAAGAGCAGGGCGGCAUGGCCGUCGAGAAAGAGUUCCACGACCUGUGGCACGGGCUCACUGUCCCGAACGACGUCGACCUGCUCAAGGCGCUCGCGUCCGAGGGUCUCCAGGCGACUGCGUCUGCCGCGCCCGUGCUGAAAGGCGGCGCGAAGAAGAAGGGCAAGAAGUCUGCCCCUCGACAGCGGCAGGUCCGCAUCACGAACACCCAUCUCAAGGGUACGAUCGAUUUGUCGCGCGACUACGUCGCACCUGGUGGCGGGCAGAAGUAGGGGCAUAGCGACGAGUUGCAUCACCCAUGGACGAUAUCAGGCAUGUUUCUAUCAUAUGUACACUAGACUAAUACCCGCAUACAUGCAAUGAAGAACGAGCAGCAUUGCUUUGAC